CUUCAGAUCACGCUCGACCACGAUCGAGCUCACUCAGGUCAGUCUGAAGUCGGACGUGCGAAUCCAGCAGUCACAUCUUGGACAUUUGUCAGGAUGUCCAUCAGGGGAAUCAGGAUGACGUUUGGCUUCUUUGUGUUGUCUGUUUGGUUUUUCCUGGACAUGGGAGUUUGCACUGCAGUGGCAUCAGAGCUGAGGAUCACAACAAUAAAGCAAGAGCCAUAUACAAUGUCCAAAGGCUCACAAAUGGAGGGCUUUUGCAUGGACCUGUUGUCUGAAGUUGCCAAGAAACUUGGCUUCAAGUACAGAGUGCAGCUAGUUAAAGACAGCUCAUACGGUCGACAGGAUGAGAGCGGGACCUGGAAUGGGAUGGUCGGAGAGGUCAUAAGAGGAGAGGCAGACCUUGCAAUUGCCCCGCUGACUCUGACUGCUGCUCGGGAGAAAGUGGUGGGGAUGACCAAACCGUUCAUGCAGACAGGAAUCAGCAUCCUGCUAAGAAAAGACAUCUCAGAGGCAACCGGCUUCUUUGAUUUUCUGACCCCUUUUACAGCCGAGACCUGGGUGGGCAUACUCAUUGCAUACUUGGGGACUGCUGCUUGCAUCUUCAUAGCGGCCCGACUCAGUCCAUGUGAGUGGAGUCAGCCUCAGACUGAACCAAACAGAUUCAGCCUUCUCCACAGCCUGUGGUACACAACUGGAGCUCUGACUCUCCAAGGUGCUGGCCCUCACCCCAAAGCUCUGUCAGGACGAGUCAUCUGCUGCAGCUGGUGGUUAUUCACCAUCAUCCUCCUGGCUUGUUAUUUCUCCAAUCUCAGCUCCUCUAAAACAUCUGAGUCCACUCACCUGACAGUGAAAGGGUUUGAGGACUUGGCCAAUCAGGACAUGAUAGAGUACGGAUGUUUGGCAGGCUCCUCCACUCUCGCGUUCUUCAAGAAUUCAAACAACCCAGUGUACCGCAGAAUCUAUGAACACAUGGAGAGAACCAAGAGUUUUGUGUCCUCUAUGGAUGAGGGAGUCCAGCGUGCUAAAGAGGGCAACUAUGCCUUUAUUGGAGAGUCUGUUUCUUUAGAUUUAGCAGUGGCUCGUUACUGUGAGCUGGUCAGAGCAAAUGAAGUCGUCGGCAUGAGAGGAUACAGCAUUGCAGCCCCUCUUGGCUCACCCAUCAUAAAGAACCUCAGUGUGGCAAUCCUACAGCUGAGCGAGGCAGGGGAGCUGGCCUACCUGAGGAGCAAGUGGUGGGCGAGCAGCUGCCUCGCAGACAAGGCCAAGUCUUCAGCUGUGCAGCCACACAGCCUUAAAGGGAUGUUUCUGGUUCUCGCUCUGGGCCUGGGGCUGGGAGCACUGCUGGCUGUCCUGGAGCUAACAUCCAAGAGCCGAAAAAGUGCAGCUGAGCAGAAGAAAUCCUGCUGCAUUGUGUUGACAGAAGAACUGAGUCUGCGUUUGAGGACCAGUGAUGCAAACAGACCACAGGAAAAUGAAGCCAAAGACAAAGAAAAAGCUUAGAUACAUUUCUUUCACCAGUCUCACAUCUGGGUUUCUUUAAGUUUUUGGUUGGAUAGCUGUUGGUACUUUUACUUAACAAAAUAAUGACCUUAAUUGUAGGUUUAGACCUACCUUAAAAACAAUGAUACAGCAGAUAGAAAAGUAAUACCUUUAUUAUUAAAAAAGACUCACAUUUUAUUAAAAUAAUCAAUUUAUUGAUUUUCAAGUAUGAAUGCUACAAUUUCAAUGAAAAAGCAAACAUUAUAGUUGAAAUGUUGUGAAAAAAAUAUUAAAAUCAUCAAUAAUUACAUUUUAACACUGUAAUUCUGCCUAACAAAUAGUGCUCAGGUAUGUUUAGCGUACUUUAUUCUGACUGCAUCUUGCUGUUUUAGACAGUUGGCAAUGACGUCACAUGAUUCCAACAGUUUUUUUUAAAAUGAUAUCAUGUAUACAAACUUCAUUCAUUGUAAACAUUCAAGGAUUAUUCAUACAUUACAGCAGGCCUAUAAUAAUAAAAAGUAAUUAAAUGUGUA